AUGACAUUCCGGUUUCCGGGGUCACUCGUGAACAGAGCUUUGCGCAGCAAACUUCUCACCGCGCAGCAGCACCGUGCUUCUGUGGUAGGGGCUUUGCGACUUCAGCAGACACAGCCAUGGCUCGCUUCUAGUUCCCGACUCUACCACUCAGCCACCGAACGCUCCUCCGGUCGAAACGACUCCUAUCGCAAAAGCUCGCGCCCAGGCCCAGGCCGUUUCGAGAAGGAUGAACCGAAAUCGAUGAAUAACAAAGGGAGGGGAAGCCGGAAGACCUUCAAUGAUGAUUUAUCCUCAAAGAGGGAUCGGGACUUGUUGAUGGCUAUUGCAUCUGGCAAGGAAACGAUCGGUGGCCGACAUGAGGCUGAUGUUGAUGUUGAUGGUGACAUCGCUGAAAGUGAGGCCCUAGACCAGGCGGCUGCUACACAGUGGUCUUCUGAAGCCGAGAAUACUGCCACUGAGGCGUCUGGAAAUGAUCCCUCGCAAGAUCAAGGUCCUCAGGCUGAGGCUGAGGUCGAAGCUAAGGCUGAGGCUGAGAUUCCCAAGGGCGAUGCCCCCAAAGAGCCUGCCUCUUCGAUUAUCAAAUCACUCAAAGUUCCCAACAAGGUCGUUAUGGAGGAGCUGAGAUGGUUGUCUGAUCCCCGCGACUUUGCGGAGCGAGUGUCCCGUAUCCUGCACGCUGGUGAUCCCGCCCUGGCGGCGGCGCUGAUCCGUACUGGAACCAAGAUGGGUAUGAGGUGUCAAGUUGCUUGGAAUACUCUGCUCCAAUAUUGUAUGGAUCAAAAUCACCCGCAAGCUGCAUUCAAGUUUUACAAUGAUAUGAAGAAACGUGGCAGAAAACCAAUUCCAUCGACAUAUACGAUCAUGUUGAAGGGAUUCAGUUCAGCGACAGAAUCACCAAGUCUCGUUAAGACUGCUGCCGCUGUCUACCGUUCAAUCUCCUCCCCGAACUCUGGCGUCAAUCAGAGCAUUAUUCAUACCAACGCCAUGCUUACGGUCUGCCAAAGACACAAUGAUAUGGAUCGUUUGUGGAAAAUUGCCGGUGACCUACCAGAGGAGGGACCAGGUGCCCCAGACGCGACUACCUAUACUAUUAUCUUGGGUGCCGUUCAAUUCGCAGCUCGCAAAGAUAUUCAGAAAAUGUCUCCCGAGCAGAUUGAUAAGAUUCUCGAGCGGAAGACCCAGGCUGUGACCGAAGGAAAGCGGAUUUGGGCCGAUAUUGUUUAUCGGUGGACGAACCAAGCCUUGGAGCUUGACAAUUCUGUCACGAAUGCCAUGGCUAGCUUGCUGCUGGAUGGAGCAAGUGACCUUGACUGUUACAAUGUCAUGGAGCUAUAUAAGCAAACCAUGGGCAUUCCCAUCCUGCAAAAGCGCCCUGUCGAGUCUGAGAGUUCAUCCCGUCCCAGGAUCACUCGCGAAGAAACCCAAUCACUUGAAAAAUCCCAUGCAGUCCGAGAGGAGAGCAUGGACGAUGUUCCAUUUGUGGAUGAAAAUAACCAAAUCAUAAGAGAAACAGAGGCGGACGAAGAGCCCCAACCAUUCGCCGAAGAUCAACCAGAGGAAUUAGAGGAAGAAGAACCAGAAGUGGAAGAAUCUUUCGAAGGCCUCUUCAAGCCUGUGGUCCCAGACUCACCAGAGCUUUCAUUCCUCAAGCCAGACAGCAAGGAACUCACUCUUCUUCUUAAUGCCUGCUUCACCAUAACCCACGGCACUGACGCUGGUAUCAAUUAUUGGAAACUUUUGACCAUUCAAGACCCCAAAUAUCUUAUCGAACCUGAUAGCGUGACCUACCUUCAAUACUUCCGCCUUCUCCGCAUUUCCCGCUCCAGCAAAGUCGGUGUCGCAGCCUUACGGGAUCAGAUGAUUCCUUCUGGUGUGGCAAACGGAAAAGCAUUCCACGUCGCCCUCAGUAUCUGCCGUCGUGACCGUCGCAACCACGCAGUUUUCUUACACGCAAACGAGCUGAUGUCCUUGAUGGAAAAAGCGUUGAUCCUUCCGGAUAUCCGAGUCCUCGAGGGUUAUCUAGAAAUGAUCCAGAUCCUUUCAAACCAACCCUCCUUCCUCCUGCACCUGCGCGGCCUCAAUAUGGAAGAUGCCUCCAGCAAAAGCAGACUGCAAGAUAUUGGCCGUAAGAUCCAAGCCAAGCUGCGCCUAGUAGCCCUCGCUACCCUGCGACCCCAUAUCACCCAGCUCCAUGAGGCCAUGGAGCUCGGUGGUCCCUCGAAAAACAGUCGCUGGAGUGCUAUUCAAAACCAAAAAGACCACGUCAGCGGUGCCGCCGCUGUCAAGAUCAUGUCGCACAUUCGUUUGAUCAUUGACGAUACUCUCAAGGACGAGUAUAAGGCUUUCGUGUCAAAGGCCGAGCGCAAGACCCUGAUGGCAGAGUCGAAUAUGCUGAAGAAGUAUUCUGACAAGGCUGUCAUUCAGACCUUCAGAAGCAAGACUGUCUACCCGACACCGGAGCAGAAGAGACUCGGUAGUGAGCGCAUCAAGAAAUUCCAAUUAGAUGCCCGGAAGGAAUUUUGGAACAAGAAUCUUGGUGAAGAUUCCUCUCAGCAGGUGGAGGGGAAGGCGAAGCAUUCGGACGAAUCUGUCCUCCAGAAGGACUAG